GGUACUGUAGACAACUCAAGCUCAGUCCGCAUGUCUGAAUGUGUGCCUCUGUCUAUGUGUGUGUUGCUUUUCAUAUGGUUGGUGAAGGGUGAAGCUACACUUCAAGAAAGAAAAUCAAGAGAAAGCUCACAGAGAACAUGUCGGUGUUGGCUCUGCAAGAGUACGAAUUUGAGAAACAGUUCAACGAGGACGAAGCCAUACGAUGGAUGCAAGAAAACUGGAAGAAGUCGUUCCUCUUCUCAGCCCUCUAUGCUGCCUUCAUACUAGGCGGUCGCCGUGUGAUGAAACAAAGGGAGAAGUUUGAGCUGAGGAAACCGUUGGCACUGUGGUCCCUCACUCUCGCAGUAUUCAGUAUAUUUGGUGCUGUCCGCACUGGGAGUUACAUGACAUACAUUCUGAUGACUAAAGGGCUCAAGCAGUCAGUGUGUGAUCAGAGCUUCUACAACGGGCCGGUCAGCAAGUUCUGGGCCUACGCCUUUGUGCUCAGUAAAGCACCAGAAUUGGGUGACACCCUGUUCAUCGUGCUGCGGAAGCAGAAGCUGAUCUUUCUCCACUGGUACCAUCACAUGACUGUUCUGCUGUACUCCUGGUACUCUUACAAGGACAUGGUGGCCGGCGGCGGCUGGUUCAUGACCAUGAACUACCUGGUCCACGCCGUCAUGUAUUCCUACUACGCCCUGAGGGCGGUCGGCUUCAAGGUCUCAAGGAAAUUUGCCAUGUUCAUCACGCUCACGCAGAUCACCCAGAUGCUGGUGGGCUGCGUGGUGAACUACCUGGUGUACUCGUGGAUGCAGCAGGGUCAGGAGUGCCCGUCGCACGUGCAGAACAUUGUGUGGUCCUCGCUCAUGUACCUCAGCUACUUUGUGCUCUUCUGCCAGUUCUUCCACGAGGCCUACAUUGACAAGACCAAGAAGGCCGCCGCAGCUAAAGCAGAAGCCGCCGCAGCCGCGAGGAAGACCCAGUAGACGUGUUUUGGGAGGAAAAGAAAGAAAGAAAGAAGAGGAUGUACUCGAGUCGCGGUAAACAAUGACUGAGGAGAUGGGGAGAAUUAUCCAGGAAUGGAUGGAGAGAUGUAUGGGUGAUGGAUAGAUGGGUGGGUGGAGGAAUGAAAGUGGGAGGGUAGGCUGGGGUUGUGUGGAACAUGCAGGAACAAAAGGCGGGCUGCUGUCUGCUUGUGCUUUAGAAUACUACUAACGUGCAAAUGUCAAAUCCUUUGCUUUGAUGGAGGUGCCAUCUCUAGAGAGCUGCACUGUAGAAGGAAGCACUACCUACCAAGGCGACAAAAAGUCAGUGUGUCCUUCACCUGAUGUUCCUUUGGCUCCCACUUGAUUCUCCAUAUUUAUUAUAAAAAAUAUCAAAUAAUAUCAAAAGGGACAGUUACAUUUUUACCAGAUAAAGGAAGUACAUCUACUUGAAAGGUGUUACUUGAUACAUAGGAAGUGUAUUGGUACUUAUGAAGAAUGAGGUGGAUUCAAUUUACCAUUGAAACCAUCUAGGUGUUUUUUGUCAAUGUCUUUUCUUCAUCAUUCUUUCUUUUUCUGCUUUGCUAUGUCGAAUUGUUUUAGACACUGGGAGUGUGUGAGAGGUAGACUUUUGUAAGACGGCUGAUGUAUGUUCGUUGGACGACUUGUACCGAUGGAGUGAACGACACUGUAACUUCUGUAUCCAUCUGUGCAACACAACAUUUUCUCAGGUCUUUAGGUUCCUCUCUAUUCUUUCACAAAAUAUACAUGUCAUCUUGAUAAAGAUCUUGAUCAAGAUCAGAUAUGGGCUUAAAGAUGCUAAAAGGCAUCGAAGGGGAAGGCUGCUUAAUUAGAGUCAAACAUCUGAUCUGAAGGCCCAUUGGAGAAAAUAAAUCACGUGACCACACUGGAUGUUAUGUGGCACGAUAGGAAACAGAGUCUGACAGUGACCUGUUCACCUGCCUGUAAUGACCUUACAACGUCACCGACCACAUUGGAAAGUGAGACGCCAUACAUUUCCAAAGAGUUUAACGAAAGAAAGGGGUCUCGGAAAAAGGCCUCGAGACAUUUUUUUUGUUUAAGAAAAAAGCAUGCAGUUGUCAAAAUUCACUGUUAUAACACUUUAAGUAACCGGUGUCUUUUAAUGGUGUCUGUCACGCUAUUGUUCAUGGGAUAUUAACGUAUGAACCAAGAGUGCAAACAAAGGAGUGUUAUGCUGCCAACGGUGUCAUGUCUGUUUAUUUUAUUCUCAGCAACGACUGUCUUGGCAUCAGUCAUUAGUGGUUUAGUUGUAUGUCAGUGAAGGCAAAGAGUACACAUCAAGGGGAAAUCAUGCCACAGCGGUAUUACCACAGCCGUAAGCAGCUUGCACAUGUGUGUGAGAGCCGCACGUGUGUGAGAGUGUGUGAGGAAGUGACCUUUUGCACCUCGUCUAUUUUGCAUAUUGUUAUUUUUCUUAACAAAGAAACUAAACUGGUUAAAUUGCAUACCAGGGGUAUGGUCUGGCCAAAAGAUAGCAGAGAUUCCACCUGCUAGUUUUGGCUGAGAAACCGAAGCCACAACAACAUCAUGGUAGAUCAUGUCUCUAGUGUCUGUUGGAUACUUCGCACACAGCUACACUACACAAAGAACAUUAUUUGAAACGUGCCUCGUAGGUACGACGCAAAUGAGGUCGAUCAAAUUAAAUGACCGGAGGUCGGGGGAAUUUUGUAAACCACUUACAGAAGUAACUGCAUUUCACAAAUUAUAAUGAAAAUAAUUGACACCGCACGUUAUUCUAUAACAUGUUGGUAAAAAGUUAAACUAGAAUGAUGUCCUAAGCGAGAAGAUGUCAUUGCUCAUUACGACGAAAGACCCUUGCAAUGGAUAGCAACAAGCGUAUCUGUCUGCACAAGUGUCACAAACCCAGCAAUCAGGUUUACAGUAGAUGCUAUAACAUUGUCAACUUUGUCGGCGCACAUGAGUAUCUACCCUGCAAUUUGUUCAAUUAUAGUCCAGGUGGGUGAUAAGCAAUCAUGCAACACUUAUGGCUACUUAUCGUCAUAGAGGUUAUUCGAUGGCUAUCUAAUUGAAGGCGCUUCGAAAGAUAAACACGUUAUUGUCAGAUAAACUCAGUAUCCUUUCUAUUCCGCUGUAUCUCCGUUACCAUAGGCACUCCAUUUUAGAGAGUUGGUCAAAAUUGAGAUUAGGCUGUGUGUGUGUGUGUGUGUAUGCUUACAGUGCUCAUUUCUGUCGCUGCUAGUAGUAUGUAUCAUACAGUACAGCCUUUUCUUAUAUAGACCUACUCUGCAUAAGCCUACUUCACAUUGGCUUCAUUUUAUUUGGCGAGAAGGAUCACGUUACGAUGAGGAAUAUGAAGUUAUACGAAUUCUAUGAAGUCAGUGUAUGUUCAAUCUAUGUUCAUGUCUUUGAAAUGUUUACUUAGGCUGGUCUAACAAAUGGUUAAACAUUGCACCAAUGCAUGUUCCCAAGCUCCGCAAUGUCAAUCGAUUCAAGCUCAUACGCAUCAUGAAGCUGAUUUGAAAUAAGACCAUCCAACAUGCAAUCUAUCCGCAAUAUGCAUAUUGCGCCAUUAUCAAUGCAAAAUGACUUGAUACCGGAUGACAAAAAGGUUGCAUUUGGCUUAUUACCUUGCCUGCAAUGGGGAUAGAGCAUCUUACACAGCCGUAAAUAUAUGAAGUAGAAAUGUAUAGAAAUGUUCCCUCUGCCAUUUGGGGUUUUAUAUUCUAAAAUACAUUCAUCCGAUUAGUACAAUGCUGAAUUGUGUUAUUUAUACCUUACCUUUAAAGUAUCUUCACUUUUUAACUUGAACUUUCAUAAUACCACACCUAAAAACAGGAAGGAGAUACAAAGGCGUACAUACACACCACCAAUAACAGCACCUAUUCGACAGUAUAAAAGGGUGACGGUUCACAUGACUGGGAUAGCAAUGGUGUACCAAGAACCAAUAUGAGCCCUUUCACAUUACCCUCAUUAAAUAUUCACAAUGAAGCUCCGAAGCCAAUUCACUAGUGGAGAUAACCGAGUGGCCCGACAACACCAACUCUUAAUUACCAUGUAAUGCAACAGGCCUUCGUAUUCGCAUUGGUAUAACACCUCCCCGAAAGACGUGCGUAUGGUGGCUCUCACUUUGCAUAAUCAAAGGAAGAUUCGCCAUGAAUUUGCAUCCACAAACGUGCACCUCUGCUGAAACAUCUAUCUUGAGAUGAAUCGAUCUGUUUUAAGACCAUCCGAGCAUAUAAUGGGAAAUGCAUAUUCAAAGGGGGAGAUGCUGGCUUGUAGCUGUCGCUCACGGCACACAACAUAUGUAAAGAGAAGCCUACAAUAGGUUUGCAUAUUUACUACUGGGUCUCUUACCCUUCAGGGUUCAAAUGAACUAUUUGCUUCAACAUGGCAGUAGCAUACAGUAUGUACCAACAUAGUAGGACUAUGUACAAUUAUACAAGAUAUGAAGACUAUGAAUUAAAUAUAAUGGAAUUUA